AUGGCUCCACCGAACAAGACAUCUGACGGCCGACGCAAGUCUGGAGCCAAGCCAAGCUUGGUCGUCACCUUGUCUGUCCCUUCCGCUGUCUUGCGCGAAGCCAUCGGCAUGGACCCGAUCAAACCAGAGUCGCCCGCCGCUGCUAGCGACCAAAAGGACUCGAGCGACCAAAAGGAGUCGCCGUCCACACCGGUUCCAGCUGCCAAUGGCAGUGGUGAGAACGCGUCCGAUUCGAACGCUGCCACACCUGCCGGUGAAGGCACGCCUGCACCGUCCGUCAUGGGACCUCCCACUGAUGGUAGAAAAAAGGGCGUCAAACGAGGCGCCGCGGCGACGAAUGAGGGCCAACUCAAGAUCCGGGGCAAGCCAGGCCCCAAAAAGAAGCCGCGUCUGGAGGACGGUACCAUUGACCACGCCGCCGUUCGCGCCAACGCCGCCGCUCACAAACUCGGUCCCAAAGCAAACCAGGGCGCCAUCAAUGCCGGGCUGCGAGCCCUUGACAGAUCGGGCAAGCCGUGUCGCAAAUGGGCCAAGGGCCAUUUCACGCUCAAGAGCUUUACGGGCGCUGUAUGGGAAAUCAAUCGCUGGACCGCGCCACCCAAGGCCAAUGGCGUCGAGGGCGACUCCGAGGCUACGCCGGCCGACUCUGCCGACAGCAGUAACAAGGAGAACAAGGAGAAUGGCCAAGAGAACAACAGUACUGCUCCCAGCAAUGGUGGUGGAGACGCCGAGAUGCAGAGCUUACCCAGCGUUCAAGCUUCGUCGCCCGCACCCGCACCCACACCCGCGCCUGCGCCUGUCGCCGCUGCUUCGUAG